AUGGAGAAUACGCCCAUUAAAAGUGAAGAACAACCUCUUGUGACUUCCAACAGUGAGACUGCCACCGUUGCUGCUUCUGAUACUGACAGUACCACUGUUACUACGAAUAAUAAUAAUAACAGCAACACCACAAAUGCUGCUGCUGAAGAUUCAAUUGCAACUGUAAAUAGCAGUUCUCCAACUGCAGCCGAUCCCAACGAUUUUCCAACUUCCUUUCAACAACUCCAUGAAGCCGUUUUAGCUGCAGUGAACAGCAAUUCCUUACCAAAUAGCUUCUUUGCCGCCGCCGCCGCCGCCGCCGCCGCUAGUCAGAAUGUCCCCAUUCACCCUCAAACGUUUGAUCAAACAGACCUUGAUCAAACGCAAGUUCAGGUUGCUGCGCAAACUCAAGCAUCAUUGCAAUCACAUUCGCAACCACAGCAUACUGAAAAGCCCGCUAAACGCACAACAGCUAUUUCGGAGCUUGAUGAAGCCAAGAGAGAAAGUAUCCGUGCUUCGAACAGAGAAAGAAAGAAAAAAUGGCGUCUUCAUAAUGAAGAGAGAAAUAAAGAUAACGAUUUGAGAUGCAGAGUCAACAAGAGGGCAAAUAAAGUAUUCGGUGCAGAAGAUUCACCACAAAAACAAGCUUGGAUACAGGAAGAGUUUGAGAAACGACGUCAGAAACGCAUGGAUAAAGAACGAAGAAAGCAUAUCGUGAACAAUGUAUUAAGUGUACCAAGUGCUGCUUCUAAUAUUCCCACUGGAAGUGCGGCCGAAAGUUCAACUACCACACCAACUGCCACUCCUCGCCUUGAUGAUAACUUAGCUGCGCAAAAUCUUGCCCAAGCUAAUCAACUCGCUAACUCCUUCUACUUACCGCAAAUUGAUACAGAAGCUGCAGCCAAGAUUUUGGGACUCUCUUCUGAUUUGCAUCGACAAUUAUUGGAACAGUUGAAUGGAAAUUUGAUGGCCUUGUCUAACGGAAUUCUACAAUCGACACAAGCAGCAGCAGCAGCAGCAGCAGCAGAGAAUCUAACUCCCACCAUUACGAACGAACAAACGAACUCCAACAAUGAUACGACAAUGACUGAGGCAAUUUCUCCCACACAUACUGAGGAUCAUAAGUCUAUAGAAAUCAGUCAGAUUCCUACAACAUCAGAUGAUACUGCCCUCUUAUCAAAUAAUACCUCUACAAAUGAAAUGAUGACAGUAGAUGGAGAAUCAAAAGCAGCAGAAUCGGAAGAUAAAACUACAUCAACUUCAACUGAAAACAUUACUGAAGAAAAGACAAACGAAGAUAUCAUGAGCAAACAACUCCUAAGUACUAGCACAGAGGAAAACAAGCAGGAGGAUGGUGGAAAUGAAGAUGGAAGGGAAGAAAAAAAGUCUGAAUAUCCUAUGGACGCUGUUCUUACUUUAAUGCAAUUGAAUGCAGGUUGGCGCCACUAG